UAUUCUCUCUCUCCUCCUCGAGUUUCAGAGAGAAAGAAAGAGAGAGAGAGAGAGAGACUGUGUGUGUUGGUUUUUUAGAGAGAGAAACUAGAGAGAGAAAAUUCAAAACCCUAGAAAUCCAUACUGAGAAAAAUCAAGAAAAAGCUUGAUUUGAAUUAGGGUUUAGGGAAAUCAAGGUUUGGAAACUAAAUAGGGAACUUUUUUUUUUUUUUGGGGUGGGGGGGAAAUCUGUGUGUGUGUAUUUUGUUUGGGAACUUAGGGUUUUGAGGGAUUGAUUGGUUUAGGGUUUUUUUUUUUUUGGUGUGAAUUCGUGGUUUUGGGAAUUUGUGGAUGUGUGAAGUAGGGUGUUUUUGGUGUUAGGGUAAUGAGAGUGGAGUUUGUGGUUGUGGUGGAAGGUUGCUAGGGUUUCGAAAUGGGGAGCACAGGUGAGCCAGACCGAAAACGGCGUCACUUUAGCUCAGUUUCACCCACUGCUGCUAAGCAGCCAUUCUUGCCAAUUUCUGAGGACAAAAAGCUUGAUAUUGCUGUUCUUCAAUAUCAAAAUCAAAAGCUUGUACAGAAGUUAGAAGCUCAGAAGGUUGAGAAUUUUGCACUUGAGAACAAAUUCUCUCAACUGAAGCAGAAACAACAACCAUAUGAUUCCACAUUAGUAGUGGUCAAUAAGUCCUUGGACAAGCUGGUUAAUGACUUGGGAUCGUCUUCCAUCUGCACAAGAGAGUCGAGUAGUGAACGAGAUGUUAAACAUUUUCCUGUUAGGGAGGAUGGGGCUCCAUCUAUGUUUAAGGAUGCUUUUCUUAGUCGGCUCAUAGAAACAGGUGCAACUGAAAGUUCCUCAAUGAAUGAUUGCCCAAAUCAGAUGGAAGAAGAGAGAGAAAGUGCCUCAGAGAGAACUAAGAACAUUUUUCUCAAUAUAGUAGCUGCCACCGAUAGCCUGUGGCAUCUAAAGGAUGGAUUACUCACUGCAGUUUUGAAGGAGCUUCCAGAAGAUGGCUCAUGCAGGCAAAAGGCAUCCUGUGAUUUAGAGAAAGAAGUUAAGAACUUGAGGUUGGAAUUUAGCGAUCUUCAUUUGAAGCACAAAACACUAGCACGGGAAUUGCAGAGGCACCAAGACAUUGAUGCAAAAAAUAAAGCUGAGAUUAAACGUUUAAGAGGGGAGUUGGAGGUUACACUUGCAGAAUUGGAAGAAAGUAAUUGCAAUUUGGUAUCUCUUAAAGCACAGAGAGAUGCUGCAAAAGGGGCAUUUUUCCCUGUCUUAAAUCUAGGGAAUAAGCAAGUUGCCAAUGAAAGGGUCAGAGAUAAACAAAAAGAUCUGCACGAUAUGGAAUCAACUCUCAAAGAACUAAUGGACCAAGCUUCAUGUCGGCUAAUGGAAUUAAAUAGUCUUCAUGAAGAAAGGAUAAAAAUAUUACUGCAGUUAUCAAGUUUGCGGAACACGUUGAAGAAUGUGAAGUGUAUUUCCUCUUCCAAUGCUUACCUCCUGGUGAAAGAUCAAAUAGAAAAGUCAAAAUCUGAAGUUUUGCAAUAUCAGGCCUUAUAUGAGAAACUACAGGCUGAGAAGGACAAUCUUUUGUGGAGUGAGAGAGAAUUGAGCAUUAAAAAUGACAUGGUUGAUGUUUUUCGAAGAUCUUCUACAAUUGAUGAUUCUAGAGCAACAGAUUUGAGAGUAGAAAUACAGAAACAAAUUGAGGAAAGAAAUAGGCUUGAAUCGAAGCUGGAAGAGGCAUCAAGAGAACCAGGAAGAAAAGAAAUCAUUGCUGAAUUUAGAACCUUGGUUUCUUCGUUUCCUGAAGAAAUGAGCACUAUGCAAAGAGAAUUAAGUAAAUACAAAGAGGCUGCCUCGGAUGUUCAUUCUCUUCGGGCUGACGUGCAAUCUCUUUCUGGAAUUCUGGAGAGGAAGGUGAAAGAGUUUGAAACUUUAUCGGCCAGAUCUGCUGACCAAGUUGCUGAGAUGAAGAAGUUGCAAGCUGUGGUCCAAGAUUUGAAGGAAAGUGAUUUGGAGUUAAAGUUGAUUUUAGAAAUGUAUAGACGUGAAUCCACUGAUUCAAGGGAUGUCAUUGAAGCCAAGGACUUGGAAUACAAGGCAUGGGCUCAUGUUCAAACCUUGAAAUCCUCUCUUGAUGAGCACAACUUGGAAUUACGAGUGAAGACAGCAAAUGAAGCUGAGGCCAUAUCCCAACAAAGGCUGGCUGCAGCAGAAGCUGAUAUUGCUGAGCUGAGGCAGAAGUUGGAAGCUUCUAAAAGGGAUAUUUCUAGGCUUACUGAUGUCCUAAAAUCAAAAAAUGAAGAAAAUGAGGCCUACUUAUCUGAAAUUGAGUCAAUUGGACAGGCAUAUGAUGAUAUGCAGAAUCAAAAUCAACAUCUGUUGCAGCAAAUUACUGAGAGAGACGACUAUAAUAUUAAGCUUGUCUUAGAGGGCAUCAGGGCAAGACAGCUGCAGGAUACUCUACUUAUGAACAAACGAACCAUGGAGAGGGAGCUUCAGCAAGCAAGUACUUCUCUUAGUUUUUAUGACAUGAAAUCUGCAAGAAUCGAAGAUCAGUUGAAAGUUUGCUCAGAACAAAUUCAGAAAUUUGCAGAUGAUAAAUUUCAUAGUUCAGUUGCUUUUGAAAAUACACAAAAGAAAUUAUUAGAUGUGAGAAGAUCAUCUCAGCAAGCAAGGGAGUCCCUGGAGGAAUCACAAUCAAAAGUUGAAAAAAGUAGAGUGGUCCUUGUGGAGUUGCAGAUAGAAUUAGAGAGAGAAAGGUUUGACAAGAAAAGAACAGAGGAGGAAUUGGAAGUUGUAAGGAGAAAGGAAUCACAUCUUAGAGUGCAGACAGAAGGCUCAUCAAUUGUUGAGAAGCUUCAGGAGGAACUCAGAGAAUACCGGGAAAUAUUGAAGUGCAGUAUCUGCCUUGACAGGACAAAAGAGGUGCAUGGCUGGUUGUCAUUACAAAAUGCUACCACUUGUUCUGCAAUCCUUGUGUACAAAGAAUCACUGAAACUCGUCACCGAAAGUGUCCAACGUGUUCAGCAAGUUUUGGGCCUAACGAUGUCAAACCUGUAUACAUUUGACAGGAAACCAAGAAAACUUUGUUUUUGUUUCUUGAUGAGGCCUGCAAUGCUGCCUUUAGGUGCAUAUGACCUGGUGCACAUUAUUGGAGGCUUGGUAUAUGAUACCAACAAAAGGUCACAUGUAUUGUUAUAUUAGAGAAUUGUAGAGUAACAUUGUCAAGAGCCAGUUAAGAUUAUCAACCAGUGGAAAUCAUCUUAAUUUUGCUGGUUUUAGUUGUAGGUUGUUGAUUUUUGUUUUGUUUUGGCUUUUUAAUUAUUGUAUUUAUUAUGUUUGUUUUCUCAUAUAACUGCGGAGAUCCUCUGGAAUCUUUCAAUGUAUUGUUUGCAGAUUAGUCAGAA